AUGUUCCUCCCGAGGGCAGAAGGCUUCAAGAACGCGUACAUCGGAGAGCUUAGUGACGGGUGCUCCGUGGGCUGUGCGAUCUUACUGGAUCCUCACAACGGCAAAGAUCCUCCGUCAGUCACCAAACAGGACAACGGGCCACAUCGGCGCUGGCGUCUGCAACACUUUCACCCGCCGGCAUCAAGUAUCCCCAGCCAUGGCCACUGCCUGGUUUCGAAUCAGAAAACGGUGAUCAGAGAGAUAAAGGCAAGGUUGAGCAGAUGGUCAAGUAUGGAGCUGUCAUUGGCGCAUGAUUGGCUUCUGGGGUAUACCAGGCAGAUUCGUGGGAGUGCGAUCUGA